AUGCGCCUCUUUCAAAGCACUUGCGUCCUCGUGGGGACUGUUCUUCCCCUUUUCACAGCCUUCCCGAUCUCGUCGCCCCGCGAGAUUGAAAUAAUCCCCGACAAGUACAUCAUCACUUUCAAGAAGGGCAUCGACCAGGCUGCAAUUGAAGCUCAUACAGCAUGGGUAUCUUCUGUACAGGCACGGAACAUCGCCCGCGGUUUUACAACCGCUGAGACCCCAGGGCUUGAAAGAAUGUUCAGCAUUCAUAACUUCAAUGCCUAUUCCGGAUCUUUUGAUCGGGAAACUAUUGAGGAGAUCAGGUCUCAUCCAAAUGUCGAAUCUGUCGAGCCAGACAGCAUGGCCUACGUCACUGAGCUGAUUGAACAGAGAAACGCCACCUACGGACCCAGGCGCAUUUCGCACCGCGAAAUCCCAACGGGAGACAACAGCUAUUGGUAUGAUAGCAAGGCUGGAGAAGGAUCGUUUGUGUAUAUUAUGGACACUGGCAUCAACAAAGCCCACGUUGAUUUCGAGGGGCGUGCCAUUCCCGGUGUCAACCUUCACGACGUCGCGUUUGAUGACACCCAUGGUCACGGGUCGCACUGCGCCGGUAUCGCCGGUUCAAAGACAUACGGGGUCGCUAAGAAAGCGACCAUUGUCGAUGUCAAGGUCUUCACUCGCGGCGGGGGCGCUUGGAGUUUGCUCAUGGACGGCCUUGAUUGGUCGGUUAAAAACAUCACUGGGGAAGACAGACAGGCAAAAUCAGCGGUCAGCAUUAGUAUCAGCGGUCCUACUAAUCAAGCGAUGAACAACGCUGUCAAAGCCGCAGUCGAGGCCGGGGUUACGGUGGUAGUUGCAUCUGGAAACGACGGAAGAGAUGCUGGCCGCAACAGUCCCGGAAGCGCCCCUGAAUCCAUCACUGUCGGGUCCAUCAAUUCUCGUAGAGAGAUGGACACACGCUCCAGUUUCUCUAACUAUGGAUCUUCUGUCGCCAUUCACGCCCCUGGUGAAGGCAUCAUCUCUACAUAUAAGGGAUCUCGUGAUGCCACCGCUAACAUGUCCGGAACUUCGAUGGCAACUCCACACGUUGCCGGCCUCAUUGCUUAUCUGCAGAGUAUCCAUGACCUCCCAGACCCAGCCGCUGCUCGCAGGAAACUUCUUGAGCUGGCUACUAGUGAUAAGAUCCAAGAUGUACGCGGAAGCGCGAACAAACUCGCCUACAACGGCAGUGGCAAAUAACUGGCCCUUUAAUUGUGACCGGUGAUGCUCCUCCUGGGUGACUUCCGUGUGGUGCGAUGCCACAUUCACCCUAGUAUUGGAAUAUCGGGUAAAUGUCAAUCUUUAGCAUUUGCUUUCACUGUAUAUAUGACCAGAUUAGAUUAUAUAUGAUAUUCCGUGUGGG